GUUGGAUUGUGUGACGAUCAUGAAGACACCGGGAUCGACUACAGUAUAGUUUUUCAAAAUUUCAUCAUUGUGUUCAUUUGCCAGACAACUUGUGUCUUGUGGUAAGUUCUGUCUUACAUAUCUAACAUAUCUUUCCUAGACAAUAAUUAAUUUAAGCGUGGAAAUACCAUAUAUACACUGUACUCUGAAAUGAAGGGAUUUGGUUUGAUAUUCGUUUGCCAGUUUCACGUAUGCAUUGUUAUAUACAUCAUACAUAUUGUAUGUAUAUAGCUUCAAUAUUUCUAGUCAUCUGGAAUAAGAUUGCCUUUUAAUUUUUUACAAAAGGUUGUUAUUGUUUGCCUGAGUCCAAAUCCGGUUUAAUAUAUGCUGGUUGUAUUGUAAAGAACUUGAAUGAUUUGGCAAUCAGUCGAUCAAAUGAAUUUUAAAAUUAAGUUUCUAGGUAUUUUAAAUUAAUCGCCAAUUUUACUGUAAACAUUCAAGUUCAAUUUCAUAAAAUGUAUAUACUAUAUAGUGACACAAAGAAUUAUAUAUGCCUAUGGCAUGAUAUUUGUGACAACAAGAUUUCACAAACAUUUAUGUAAAUAUAUGUGUAUAAAUGUACAUCACCUACAAGAUACAUACAUGGGCUUUGCCCUUAUAUAGAUCUGCUUUGCUUGGCCGUGUCACAUCUGAUCUUGUUCUGAAUUUCAAUCGUUUCUAAAAUUACACCUGGGGCCGGUUGUUCAAAAGCUGGUUAACGCUAACCUAGGGUUAAAUUUGCUUAACCUAGAUUACUUUGCGUUGUUCAAAGCUACAGUAGGUUAUUGUUAACCCUCGGUUAAAACAAGAUUUAAAUUUAACCCUCCUCGCUAGGUGGGUUAACUUGCUAAUCGGCCGGUUAACUUGUAUUCAAAAUGGACGUCGAAGGAGUGAAAAAAGAAAACAUGUAAAACUCUUGGUGAAACAAACAGUGUACAAAGAUUUUACAGAAGAAAAUCAACCUCAAAAAGUAAAUUCUAAGUCUGUAAAUACUAUUAAGAUUCUUAUUUGUCCGGUACAAGCCUUUAUAUCUACAAGUUGGCUUUGAAUUUAUAUACGAGCAUUAAAGUGAAAGAUACAGCAACUUCCUGUUCAUUUUGGGGUGCUGUGGUCUAAGCAUGGAGAUCAUAAUUUACAGUUUUAAUUAUUGUGUUACUAUGGAAAAGUACCUUAAUUUACAAAAUGCCAAAAGAAACAGCUAAACGUCUGCCGGUUUUCAAAAUAUAGUUUGGUACACACAGUGCCGUGAUAAAGAUUGUGUACACUGUACAGUAUAAAAACGAUUUACAUCACAAGAUCUUUGUCGAUUGCCGCCUCCAAAACUGUUCAACUCAAGUUUUUUCGAAAAAUAAUGUUAGAAAAAAUACUUGUAUUGCCAAACAAUUUGCCGUACCACCACCUGUUUCACAAAGUUUCCAUUUGCCAUUUGUUGAACAGUCAUAAGUUCUUGCACAUCUACUGUUUGCAGUGCAGUGUACUGUAUUACCUAGUAAAAACACUGUUUUUGAAGCUGUAAAACAACUUCGCUCAGUUCGCUGCUUCUUUUUCUGUUUUUGUGUUGUGUUUUAUAGGAUAAACACACAUGCGUUGAAAAAUGCUUUUCAACUCCAAAAUAAUUUGAAGUUCAUUUGAUUGACUGGGAUUUUGUUCUCAAAUUUAAUUAUUCAAGCAUUAUUUUUAUUUAAAUGGCUUUGCUGCUUUGAUCAAGUGUAUUUUUUUUCUUGAUACUUUCAAAAGGCUUAAAUUCAUGUCUGAAAUGUUCAAUUUAAGUGGCAAUGCACCCUGAUGCGCCCUACUUUACUAUUUUACUCUGUCUAACGCCAGACAAUUUUACAUGUAAAGUGGAGAGUGCUGCUACUCAAUGGGUUAACCAAACAAACUGCCCAUUAGCCUGCGUGGCAGGCCCUCAAUUUUAUGGGGGGCCUGAUUUGCAGCGGGCAGGAUUUUGACGGGCUCCGGGGGAGGAUUGAGGCCCUCAAUUUUAUGGGGGGCCUGAUUUGCAGCGGCGGAGCCCGUCAAAAUCCUGCCCGCUGCAAAUCAGGCCCCCCAUAAAAUUGCCCAUGCAUCCUCUCAACCCUUUAAGUGGCAAUGCACGCCGAUGCGCCCUACUUUAGUAUUUUACUCUGUCUAAUGCCAGACGAUUUUACUCAUCAAGUGGAGAGUGCUGCAACUCAAUGGGUUAACAAUACUUCUCCCAUCCACCCUAUUCUAGAUCCCUAGUUUUGAAACUUACUUUCCAGCCAAUCAAAAACGUUCUUACAUUACAUUUAUUUUUAAAACAAAUUUAACCUUGGGUUAAAUGUCUUAACCCUGGGUUAUAACUAACCGCACCUCUAACCUAGCUUUUAACAACGCAGUUUUAACUCAGGGUUAACUAACCCUGGGUUAGGGAUUUUAACCUAGGGUUAGCGCUAAUCCUGGGUUAAAGUUAACCAGCUUUUGAACAACCGGCCUCUGAGUAACAGACGAGUAACAUACAACUACGGACGAGAAUAUUUUCUAAAUACGACUACUAAACAGCAUUUUGAUGGUUGUUUUUAAUAAAUGAUGCAAUAUUUUUCAAAAUGGCGAUUGGCGGCUGCAGUAUGUGAGAUUUCUGUUUUUAGCCACUAUUGUAUGUGAAGGUAAGAACUGUACUACCAUAAUCAUAAAAUUAUUUGUAAUUUUGGGUCAGUUUGGAUCGUAUUUGUGUAACGUACUUUAGGCCAAGGGAAGUGAAAUAUCAGUUUACCGUCACCCGCGUGCGUGAAACUUUUCAUUAUUUCGUGAUUUUUCCAUUAUUUUUUAUUAUCCUCUUGGAUUUUUGUGAAAAUAUUUCGAAAACAUUAUUUUGUCCAGAAAUCAGAAUGUCCAGAAGCGGCAUAUGCCACGGGCCCCGCGCUUUUGGGGGCUGUUUUGUUUUUGUUUUCUAUUUCAGCGCGGGCCCGAGCGCCAGAGCGGGGCCCCAAAGAGCCUAAGUCCCCCAGAAAACUUGAGCCCCCCAAAAAUCAACCCCAAACGUUUUCUUUUUGUUCCCUGUUUUAGUUUUUCAACGCAUGAAAUACAAAAGGAUAUUUUUAAAUCUUACUGAAUUCAGGGUCUAAAAUGCCGUUGGGCGGUUGGGGUCAAGGGGCCCCGCUCCAAUAAUAUGCCACAGGCCCCGCGGAACAUUAAUCCAGCCCUGACCACGCUCAAACCACAUCCAUUUUCGAGGAAGUUUCAUCUCGAAAAAGGAAACACAACUUAGAACGGUCGAGUUAAGCCCCGUGAAAAAAGAGGGACUUAACUCGAAGUCAUUGAAAAUAUUUGACGCUCGAAUUAAGCCCCAACAUUUGAGGCAUGUAAAAGAGCAAUAAUUCGAGAUUUCGAAUCAUCCACAAUCUAGCUGGAAAUAGUUAUCAUACGUCUCGGGUUAAAUUGCCUUAAAUAAGCUGUGUGCACAGCCUAAAUGAGUCACGAACAGGCGGAACAACUCGUAUAAACAGUGAAGUUUCAUUAAGUAACAGAUUAUUUUUGACUAGCUUUUGUACGUACCUCUGAGCUUAUUACGAAUAAAUAUAUUGAUCUCGCCGUUUAAUUUCGCGUAAAAGAUCAAUUUAUUCGUAAUAAGCUCAGAGGUAUAAAAGCUAGUCCAAAAUAAUCUGCUAUUUAACGAAAAUUGACUGUUCAUAUAAUUACGAGUUGUUCAUGACUCAUUUAGGCUGCAGCUUAUUUAAGCCGAGACGUAUGAUAAGUUGAUAACUAUUUCCAGCUAGAUUGUGGACGUCUCAAAUCAUUGCUGUUUUACAUGCUUCAAAUGUCGAGGCUUAACUCGAGCGUCGAAUAUUUUCAAUGACUUCGAGUUAAGCCCCUCUUUUUUCACGGGGCUUAACUCGAACAGUCGAACUUUCCAAGUUGUGUUUCUUUCUUCGAGUUAAGCCCUUGACAAAAAUGAGUGUGGUUUGGGCGUGGUCGGGUCUUAACUCGAAGAUUAUCUACCUUUCACAAUGCAGGCUUGUGACCGUUUCAAGCAAUAUAAUUGGUCUAAAUAGAACCUACUUCAUGUACGCUUAUUAUUUUGCCACGAGAAAAGUUAGGUUGGAUUAAAUCGAUCAAUACAUGAAAUACUUGCAAUGCUCAAGGGGGGUACAAGGGCUUCCAAUGGAAUUUCUGGACGAAAUAAUGUUUUUGAAAUAUUUUCAAAAAAUCCAGGAGCAUAACAAAAAAUAACAAGUGGGUAACGGUAAACUGAUAUUUCACUUCUCUUGGCCUAAAGUACGUUGCACAAAUACGAUCCAAACUGACCCAAAAUUACAAAUAGUUUUAUGAUUAUUGUAGUACAGUUCUGACCUUCGCAUACAAUAGUGGCUAAAGACAGAAAUCUCACAUACUGCAGCCGCCAAUCGCCAUUUUGAAACUACGACUAAUAAACAUAUUAGUCGUAUUUAGAAAAUAUACUCGUCUGUAGUCGUUUGUAUAGUUGUCUGUUACUUGUCUGCACUCGUCUUUUACUCGUCUGUAAUCGUUUGUUACUCGUCUGUUACUCGUCUGUUACUCGUCUGUUACUCGUCUGUACUCGUCUGAUACUCGGGUGUAGUUUUAGAAACGAUCAUUAGACGGCUGCGAGAGAUAUGGAUUUUAUGUUCGAGUGACAAAAACAAUAUCUCACGUACAUGAAAUAGGUUCCAUUUAGACCAAUCAUAUUGCUUGAAACGGUCACAAGCCUGCAUUGUGAGAGGUAGGUAGUCUUCGAGUUAAGCCCCGAACACGCCCAAACCACAUCCAUUUUGGUCAAGGGCUUAACUCAAAGAAAGAACACAACUUGGAAUGUUCGAAUUAAGCCCCGUUAAAAAAGAGGUGCUUAACUCGAAGUCAUUGAAAAUAUUCGAUGUAAAAGAGUUAAGCCCCAACAUUUGAGGCAUGUAAAAGAGCAAUGAUUUGAGUCGUGCACAAUCUAGCUCUGGAAAUAGUUAUCAUUAGAUACUUCUCGGCCUAAAUAAGCUGCAGCCUAAAUGAGUCACGAAUAACUCGUAUAUAAACAGUCAAUUUUUAUUAAUUAUCAAAUUAUUUUUGACUAUAGCUUUUAUACCUCUGCAUGAGCUCAUUACGAAUAAAUUGACUUAUACGCGAAAUAAGUCUAUUUCGACUCAAAUCAUUGCUCUUUUACAUCGAAUAUUUUCAAAUGACUUUGAGUUAAGCUCAUGUUAAAAACAAUAAUUUAUUUUACUCACUCGCUGCGCUCGUUCAUAAAAUAUUGUUUUCACCAUUCGAAGAUAAAAGUCAUAUCUUCGUGCCGCCGUGUAAUAUCCUUUAUAUAGACGUAUCUGUAACUAUGGUGACUCAAAAUAAACCCUAUGAUAUAUUUAAUGCCGAUUUUUAAAAUAAGCGAAACAUGCAGAUGUUGUGUAUAAUAUUAAUUUAAAAUACGCUGCUAGAAUGAUGACGCGCAUGCAUGCGAUAAUUACUUUUUGAAUUGAGGAGCGUUGUUUUUUAACAACGUUGUUUUUUUUUUUAAAUUUCUACACCAUGUCUUUUAAUAUGUAUUAGUCACAUAAAAUAAAUUCCAUGAUCCUCAGGGUGUCUAGAAAACUAACUAACUAUAGCUAAGUCUAAGACCUAAGACCCCGUUUACACGGUACCGGACGAAUUUGGGACUGAAAUUCGUCCUUUUUCGCCUGUUCAUACACGCGAAUUCGUCCUGUUAGGACUUACUUUUCGAGUUUGAAUGGGUACGAGAUUGGUUUUCCGUUUUAACUGAGACUUAAUUAUAAAUUUCGAAGUCUUAGUUUUCGAGAUCUUAGUUUUUGAGGUCUUAUAGGUCUUAAUUUUCUAGACAUCCUUUAUUCUCAUCACCGCCCGACUGUAUUUUAAGAGCCUCAUGAAAUUUUUUUUAUAUUUCGUCAUGCAAUAUAAAUGUGCCGCCCGCGACAAAAUAUUUCAAGACAGUUAAGUUUUUUUAUAUUAUAUAUUGAUUAUUGGGAUUUUAGUGUCAUUUUGAACUGCCAAUUUCAAACAAAAAGCCUUGAAAGAAAUUACAUUGCAUUUUAAAGGAACUUCGCAUUCAGUUCAAGGGUUCAUGCAGUCAUUGUUGCGUUGGAGAUGACAGAAAUAUGUAAUGUAGCCUAAUAUGUUUAUUUCGGUUUGUGACACUUUACUUCGGAAAUCAUAGAAAUAUUAAAUGUUGAUAUAUAAAUUAUAUAAAAUAUAUAAACCUCCCGGCUCUUCGACAUUUUCAAAGUGUAGUGAUGAGAAGCAAGGAAUUUAUUUUGUAUGAAUCAAUAAACGGCACAGCUGCUGCUUUUCUGCCUCCUAUGUGGGGAGUAUGGCUAAUUGGCUAUAUGAUGUCCAAUAAAUGGCAAUGACAAUGUAUCAAACUCGUUUCAUUACCCUACCCCAAAAUUUCUAUUAAACGAAGAAUGAUUAUCACGGAGCCUCAGUCUCUGACUUCCUGUAACAUUUUGUUGAUUAAAAACAAGGCAGAACAAAGAAAUUCUAUAUAAGGACUUUAUUUCUGAAGAUUCCCGUUCUCUUUAGGCAUAGUAAAUACAUUUAUCAGGUGCUGUGGCAUGUAGCAUAAUUCACUAGUGUAGUAAAUUGGAAAGAAUUACUUUAUCCAAAACUGAUUUUGUCUGGGUUUUUUUUAAGACUCUAUAACUGUACUUAAAAUUAGUGCAAGGCUGACUCCCCUUGACAAAUAAAGAGUAGCAAAAUGAUCGAAUUAUUAAAAGCGUUUUUCACUGAAACCUAAACUUGUGAUAAGUAUUGUAAUAUGACUGCACAAGUGAAACGUCUACAUUACACAAACUGUAUAAUUUAGAUGUAAUAAUUUAAUUUCUGUGUUAGUGCAAUGUACUCAGGUGAACAUGAUGCUUGUGAUCAUGUUACUCUGAGUGUAUAUCCACACCGGGCAAGCUUGAAAAAUAUGCCUGGCCACGGUGAAAAUCGAACCUACGACCUUUGGAAUACUAGCCGAAUGCUCUGCCAACUGAGCUACGCCGUCAGGUCGGUUCUUCGAGUAUGUGAUAUUUCGGAACCGAAUCUAGUUCCCUCGCUAUCAAUGUAAUCUAAUAAACAUGACUUUUUCUGUGUUGGUGCAAUGUACUCGGGUGAAUAUGAUGCUUGUGAUGUUACUCUGAGUGUGUAUCCACACCGGGCAAGCUGGAAAAAUAUGCCUGGCCACGGUGGGAAUCGAUUCUACGACCUUUGGGAUACUAGCCCAAUGCUCUGCCAACUGAGCUACGCAGUCAGGUCGGUUCGAGUAUGUGAUAUUUCGGAACCGAAUCUAGUUCCUUCGAUAUCAAUGUAAUCGAACCGAUCUGACCGCGUAGCUCAGUUUGCAGAGCAUCGGGCUAGUAUUCCAAAGGUCGUAGGUUCGAUUCCCACCAUGGCCGGGCAUAUUUUUCAAGCUUGCCCUGUGUGGAUAUACACUCAGAGUAACAUCACAAGCAUCAUAUUCACCUGAGUACAUUGUACUAACACAGAAAAAAUCAUGAUUAUUAGAUUACAUUGAUAUCGAAGGAACUAGAUUCGGUUCCGAAAUAUCACAUACUCGAACCGACCUGACCGCGUAGCUCAGUUGGCAGAGCAUUGGGCUAGUAUUCCAAAUGUCGUAGGUUCGAUUUCCACCGUGGCCAGGCAUAUUUUUCAAGCUUGCCCGGUAUGGAUAUAUACUCAUGCAGAGUAACAUCACAAGCAUCAAUUUAAUUUCUUUUUAUAGUUUAUAUACUUUUUGAUGCCUGGGCUUUUUGUUAUUUGAUAUAUUUGAGUUAGCAAUUGAAAUCAAAUAUUUUGAAAUUCUAUUCUAGAAAGGAGAAAUAUAAAGCAAAAUGAGUGCUGAUGAUACUGAACCUGCUGUAAAUAUCAUAGAACCUGUUGAGGUAACUAUAACUUAAGUCCCAUUAACGCAUUUAUCCUCUAAAUGAUAAGUGAAAUCAUCUGGUGUUAGAUAGAAUAAAUAACAAGGUAGCAGGGCGCGAAAUAAUGGCCGGUGUCACAGGAAUUUCGCCCCCCUCUCAAAAGGAUAUCCUAGGAAUAUCGCCCUCCUAGGAAUAUCGCCCCACAAGGGGGCGAAUACCCUAGGGAUAUCGUCCCCCUUUAGGAUAUUCGCCUCCCAUGUAUAUGCGAUGUGGUUUAUUCAAAUAAUUUCGUAGUACUUUGAUCUUAUUAGUGCUUUACACGUUUGAGAAUUAAUGUAACUCUGCAGAACUAAAGCUUUUUUUGUCUUUUUUGAGACGUAUUGUUGGAGUAUUAGGGAGUUUAAACGUUUGCGGGAACGGCAAGGCCGAAUUUUCUUGGCAUAAUUUUCGUUCGAUUUCUGCGUGUCAUAUUUUCUUUCAUAUGACACAGGAAUAGUUAUGCAUUCUAGUUAUAAAACAACAGGCUCAUUUACUUUUUAUUGCUUUAUGGCGUAAAAUUGUUCUUGCCUGACGUUUGUCGUUUGUCUGUUAAUAAUAACAAUGAAACUAAAUGUAUUUCUUCUAUAAACAUGAUAGUGAUAGUAAAGGUAUAGCUUAGCCUUAGCUAGCUAAUGUAGUGGUAUAGACUUAAAUACCAUAAACACCGAUUUAUAUAUAUAAGAAUUACCUAACCAAUUCAAUUAUUUUCAAUCAAUGUCAAUGAAUAAUUUUGUGCAUACUGCAUCGGUAGAGACAAGUAUAUUUUUAAUGCUCUUUAUAAUGAAAUUAAACGGUUUGAUUAUAAAAAAAACAUAUACUGUAACUUAUGCAUGUGUCAGUUAAAAAAAAAAGUUUUGACAAUAUGAUUACUUUUUAACAAUGAGUUUAAGGAUUAACACCGAAAAUGCAAAAUAUGCAUGGUGUGCUGUGAAGCGUACGAUAAGUCUUAUUGAUCUACUGUAAGCCCUUUCGAUACAUGUAAUUGUAAAUUUGUAUUCUUAACAAUUUUGAAUUGAUACUGAGUUCAAAUGACAAAAGCCAUGUAAUAAUUAUCCUAUGCAACUGUUAGGAAGUGCGAAAUUUUGAACGGAGGACGAAAAUCCCAAAGAAAAGGUGAAGUUUCUAAGGGGGGGGGGGGCGAAUUUCCUAAAGGAGGGCGAGCUUCCUACGAAUUUCCCCCCUGGGGGACUAAAUUGUAGGGGGGGGGGGCGAAAUUCCUGGGACACCGGUCAAAAGACAAUAUCCGGCCAGAAUGCCGAGUUUUGACCGGUCACUUUCAGUAAAAGAACAAACUAAACUUUAUUUGAAUUAAUAAUCAAAGUAAAGUUGUCAAGUAUUAUAAUUAAGAACCAUAACAUGUUGUCAAAUGUUUUGCAGGAAUAGAACUUCAGUAUACUGCAGCUUUCCCACGCAGUACGUCACAAAGCCCAUGGCCAUGCUUUUGGCUUAAGAGUUAAUUAUAAGGCCAUGCUUUUGGCUUGGCGCAGUGCAAGCUGUUUUAUGUGAAGGAGUAUUUAAUUACUGAUUAUACAGUAAUGCUUUUUGUAAUGCUAUACUGGGAAAAUAGUCACAUUUUUAGCGGUAUACUUUACUAGGCUUUGCUUUAAGCUGAACAAUUUGAGCGGCCAAAGAUUCAGUACAAUAUGUCCAAGCUAAAAUUGAGUUGGCCGGUCACUUUGACCGGCGACCCUCCAGCCGUUAUUUCGCGUUCUGGGUAGGUAAACAACAUUGCAUUAGUGUGCAAUACCACUUGGACGUUUUACAAAACACAUUGGUAGAUAGUCUGAUUAACGCAUUGAAUGCCAGCACUCUAUUGCAUUAGAGUAAAAUAACAACGAAGGGAAUAUUACGGAACCAUUGACAAUUAUAUUUGUCGUGGGUAAAGUUAACCAGUUAUAUGCUGCAAUGCACCCGAAUGCGUCCAACUGCAUUUUACUCUAAAGUGCCAAACAAUUGACCAGUAUGAGUAUCUUCCCCAUUAUUAAUUAAGGAGUAAGGGCAUAUGCAAAUGCAGAUUGCAGUGCCCCUGCAAAGUUGGCAGCGCUUAUGUAUGUUUCUGGCUGUGGCUUCAUUUGUUCAGAAUCUUUGGCAGCCAAUACUUCAUUCAUGGCAUGAUUUAUUACCAACGUUAAUUAAACAGAAGUAGUAUGUCAUACUCUGUGAAGCCUUCCUAUGCGUUUACAUUUGGUUCAGGAAAGUCAGGCCUUGAAAUUAGCGAACAGUCAGGUUGGCAAAGUUUUACCUACCUGAAACGGCAGCCCAGCAACAGGUCGGCAAAUUUACUUUUGCAACAAAAUGUUCGAACGUGCAAAGCACAUCUUUCAAGUUUACCUUAUCAAAAUCCACACACCUGAAAAUCUAUAUAUAACUGAACAUGAACUUGUGGUUGCAGCUUGGCAACUGGCCCAUGCAGCUUAUGUAUCUAUCAAUGUUAAGCCCGGGGGGGGGGGCAUGGGGUUGGGAUUUGACAUUUUCCUGAAAAAUUUUGUUAAAAUCCACACCCCAGGGACACCACCAUUGUUCAAAAAAUGGUAAUACUCCCUACCUGAGGAAAUCAAUAUUGGGUCAAAAAACAGUAAUAUUUCCCCCAUCUGGGGGUUGGGAAAAUUUGUUAUAUUGCAUUCAUGAUCAAACUAAUAACCCCAAUUUCUGUUGAUAUUUUGAUUGGAAAAUGUUUGGGAUUUGUUGUUUUACAUUGUUUUGAUGCAAUGAUGCAUCUGCUGAAGUUAUGGAUAGUUCUUGAAAAUAUUUAUAGCAGAUAAUUUAGCUGGAAUACUUCAUGAGAGGCUGAGAGCAAUUUUAUGCUUGCCAUAUUAAAUGUUUAUCAGUUUAUUUAUAAUUUAAUUAUGCAAAUCAUAGUGGGCAUUGAAAUUUACGUUCAAGUCUUUUUUUGCAAAUAAAAAGAUGCUAUAAAUGUUUCAAGUGUGAACAGUGAGCUACUGGGCACUGUAGAAAAUGGCGAGCUGCCGAGCUGGAACUUUUUGAAAACAAUGGAAAAGAAUACAUAUAUUAAGGACAAAAAUCUCAAGUUUUUAACAAAAUAAUUGAUAAAACAAAGAUAAACUAUAUUUUCCCAUUUAAAAUAAACUAUAUUUUCCCACUAAAGUCGGAAAAAAGUGGCAUUAAAACAUUUAUAAAAUGCAUAUUCUACCUGUGGAAUGAAAUAGCAAUUCCACUGUUCGAUGUCACUCUCCAGACUCUUAUUCGUACAGUUCUACGCCGCUCAUUCGCGCUCAAGACUGUGGCAUUGUAGUUUUGGAUAAUAAAACAAAGCCAGGUGGGUGUUGCUCAAUAUUUUAGCAAAAAAAACUAAAAUCAGAACGCUUUAAAACACUUCAAAACAGCCGAGAACUUCGCAGAACGCUCGAAAACUAAUGUGUUUAUAUGGAGAAAAAAUUUCCCGCGUUUUUUUUUUGCCCGCUUGUUCCGCCAUCUUGGAUUGUUCAAAAUGUCACGCCUCGCGAGCUGAGUCGGCGAUCUAUAUCUCCUAUAUCUAUGAUUAUACCCUGUGCCAUCCAAAUACGUUUCCAUAACUCUCGCUAUUAUUACAAAUUGCUAUAACAACAGGAGACUCAACAGUCAACAACUAAAUAAUUCAUUAAUACAAUAAAAUGCACAUAAUCCUUCAACAAACUUCUAUUUAAGAAAUAGAAAACAUUUUCCGUGUUUCUAUAGAGUUAUAGGAACACGUGUGCUAGUUUGGGAGAACGAGAAAUAAUCAGUGGGAACACAAGCACGUAGUGCAAGUGUUUCCACGUUAUUUCGAGUUCUCCCAAACUAGCACAAGUGUUUCUAUAACUCUAUAGAAAAACAGGAAAAAAUGUUUUCUAUUUCUUUUAUUAAAUAACCUUGUCAUAAUAACACAAAAACAAUAUUUUUCACGCGAUUAAAAAGGUAUAUUCUCAUUACACAAUAACAAGAAAAUGUUGCCUAGCAGCAAUACCGGCAUCAAUUUUCAGUUUUGCCGACUGCAAAAUUAUGGAAAAAACACGCUGAAAAAGUUGAUUUAAAGAAAAUUUAAAGCGAAAAAACGUUUGGUUGGUAAGUGUUUCCCAGGCUUGUUUAACAAAAUUUCAGGUUGACGAUGUUUGUUUUAGUGUGUUAUUUUGAGGUUCGUGGAAAAUUCCCGUGUUCUAUAGCGUUAUAGAAACACGGGAUUUUUCGCUUUUCAACCAAUCAGCGCAGGCGUUAUUGAAAGGUUAUUUUAUAAAUGCUAGUACUACCUCAAUGAGGAAAGACUGGUAUUGCCAUGAUACAGAAGUUCUUUAGCGUAGUUAUAUUCCAAGUUUUUUUGGUUUUUAAGAAGUCAAUUAAACAAGGGACAUUAAUUUUUGAAAUUGUACCAAAAAAUAUUAAAUUACUUGAUUUUUUUGAAAUUUUACCAAAACUUUUACCAAAAUUAUAUUUUACCAAAACUUUCCCAAAAAUUACCAAAUUUUACCAAAAGUAAAUUAAUUUACCAAAUCUGGUCACACUGGAUAACUGAGGAUGACCACCCACUCAAGAUCGUCGUUCGUUGGUCAGCGCCCGCGAUGAUUGAUGAACUUUAGACUUCGCUAAUGCUUUCGUUUCCCCGGGUGUAAAUAGCCGGGGGGAAUUAGUACCCUCGCACGGCGCUUCGCGCCGUCGGCUCGGGGAUUAUAUAGGCGGCAUUGAGUAUGUUUACUCCAGUCAGUAAUAUACAAAAUUUAAAUGCCAAUUUAGUCUAUGCAUUUCAGAAAAAUUAAACAUUCAAAAAUACAGGGUGUCAUGUGACCAGCCGAUGACAGGGCCUUUUCGCUGACCAUCCAACUGAAGCAAAAAGCCCUGGAUAUAUACGAGGUCGCCUUGAGGUUUGAUCGCGCAAUAUAGACACACCGACAUGCAGCGUUCAUUGAAAGAAUUACAACUCUCAGAACUACACUCUUGCACCCUAUCGAUCCUUUAUUCCGUUGAAAAAUAUAUGAUCUUAACUGCUUAUUUUUAUUGGACUAGAGUGCAGAAGGAUCUGCCCGUGAUGAAGAGCUUACUGUACAGGACAAACUACGGGACACGAGAAAAAAAAAUGAAAGGCUUAGGAUGACCAAGACUCUAGCUGAACAGGUUUAUGAACUCAAGAAGCGAUCGGGUGCGCAUGCGUCUGAGUCCGCAGUACCCAAUGGAGCACCAGGUGUCGUUACUAGUAGCGACGCGGCAAGAGAACUUGCUCUAAGUGGCUCGGCAAGGGAACAUCUGUUAGAAAGCCAAAUUGAGCAGCUCAGCAUUCAAGAUCUUUCAAACAUAAUUGCCUCAUUGAUGGUUCUCUGCGAAAAGCAACAAGAAGAUAUGACAACCCUGAAAGCUCAGAAUAAUGAGAUCAGUACUGUUAGCAGAACCCGACAAACUGAGAAUGACAACCUUAAUACUGUUAACAGAACCUUAAAAACUGACAAUGAGAAUCUUCGUAUUGAUAAUAAAAAGCUCCAAGAUGAGAAUGAGCAGCUUUACCAAAGUGGUAUAAAUUUAGCAUUUGAAAAUAUAUCCUGGUUCAUCGAGAACGAAAACCUGAAAGAAAAGCCGCAAGGUGAUGAGGUUUAUGCAAAUGAUAAUGAGAAUAGGAGUGCAGAAGACGGUGAAACCUCUACCCAAGUACGUAAGUUAUACCAUACCACACGAUGAAUUAUGACAUGUUUACAAGCAUUAUGAAGAGCAGUUUUCAUACCACAAUUGUGAAAGUUUGAUACAAGAUGACGUCAUAACGUAAUAGGAACAAAAUACACUGUAUAUUGUUGACGAGACGCAUUUGUUCAAACAAAACUACUGUAAACCUUAAACGAAUUUAAGCACGGCGUACACGAUUUAUUCUUUAGAUAUAUAAUAAUAAUGUUUAGAUAUAUAAUAUAACGAAGCUAAUGCAGAAGAAGGGUUGGAAGUUGAGCCCACAGAUUAUGCCACUGACUGGUUUUCUUCACCCAAACCAUACCAGACUUAAAGUCAUGUGGAACCAUGUACGUACAUGUACAUAAUGUACCAUUCGUGAACCUUGCAGCACUUGUAUAAUGACUUUGAAGGUUUCUUGUUUUGAAAACAAAAUUUGAUGUGUUACUGUUGUAUAUACAUGUGUAGAUUGCUACACUUUGAUUGGUUAAGACCCGGGUAAGUAUUUUCUUAAAACAGCCACUUAUAUUCCCAAGUUGUUCUCCUCAAUCUGCAUAGUUUUCGCAAAUUAUGUACAUACAUUGUUCCACAUAUAACUGUUUUACCUGGCGCUCCAUUUUGUGAUUGUUGUGACUGUUAGGCUGUCACCCAAAAUAAUGUAGCCUCGAAACGCAGGUUUGCUACUGCAUGUACGUACAUGCAGUAGCUGAACAAAAUCUGCUUAGUAUACAUACAGUAGCAUGUAAUUCCGUUUUUUGAUCCGUUUGUCUUCGUGUCAAAUCUUGUGCCACAUAAAAGCAGAUUUAUCUGUAGUUAUUGUAAUAUACCUUUUUUUCAGGUAGAACCUCCCGAAUUGGUCAGAUUUUCUAUUGCACUCAAUUGCCCAGUUUCGUGUGGCUACAGCGUUGUCUUCUUCAUUUUGUAUAUGAUGGGGUUUCGAUUGUGCAUUCGAAGAUUCAUCGCAGAGGUGCAGUGUGCCUUAAAUAAUAAGUUCCGUGAAGCAAAACUUGAAGUAGGAAAGUGCAGCUUGUCGUUGACAGAGUUUUUGAAAGUAGGUUUAAUUGAUGAAAUGUUUGCCAGAUCUAUAACUGAUGAAUAUAAAAUUGGUGAUGCUUUGCGAGAGGCGAAAGAAAGAAUACAGGGUCAGUUACACCCUGCUGCAUUUAUGAUCGAGUACGAGGAGGGUCCAGACGGUAGAAAACCAAUUGGCCAUUGCGUGGCUGUCAUGCCUGACGGCAAAGUUAUUGAUGUCGAAGAGGGGAAAUACUGGGAGGCCAAUAGCGAAAGUCGCAUUAGCUAUAUAUAUGUUGUGAACGUUAAAGAAAGCGAGGUUAUAGAAUGGCAACACAAAUGUGCACUACAAAAGUGUGAAGCUGAAUGUACAGUAUGCUCUGAAUGUUUACUUGGCUCCCUCGACGGUUCGUCAAAAUGAUUUACGGAUCGUGAAUUACCUACUUUGCGGAUCCGUAUACAGUGCGUGAAUGGGUGCUGUUGUGUCGAAGGCCUGUUUUAUACGUCGAAUUUCGGCUGCGUCGAAUGCAAUUCAAACAAUAGAUGAUGAAGCUUAAUGAGGUUUAAUUAGCCGUGUUUACACUAAGGGACUGACAUUUACCUGUACCUGAGAAGUACCUAGCCAGGCUUACACGGCGUGUUUACAUUUGUUACAUAACUAUAAAGGCCCAAGUCCCAUUGAAUUGGCCAUUAUAUACAUGCAAAAUGAAUUACUGUGCAAAGUAGAAAAUGACAUCCGCUGAGUGCUGACAUCAAAGACUCAAAUUUACGUUUGUUGUCAUGGAAAUGAGCCUCGAGCACGUCUUGGGUCAGUGAAAAUGUGUUUACACUGCAGGCCUGACCUGAGAACCUGAGACUGACCUAAGACCGUGUUUUCAGGCCAACUCUAAUGCUUGGCCUGCCCUGAAAACAUGGUCUUAGGUCGGUCCUAGGUCAGUCUUAGGUCAGUCCUAGUGCGUUUACACUACAGGACUCUGGUCUGUCCUAGGUACAGUAAGGUAUAGGUCUCUAGUGUGAACACGGCUAUAUAAUUAUCUAUGGUCCUUAGCCAGAAACGUUUGUCGAACCGUACAGUUCGUCAAAAUGAUAUACAGAUCUUUAUGUUUGAAGUUAUUUAGUUCGCGCAGUGUUUUUAAAGAACGAAGCAAUAAUAUGUAUAGGUUAUUUUGAGAGGACAUGUGAUUUAUUCACCGACGCGCAAAGUGCCGAGGUGAAUAAACGCAUGCCCCCGAGGUGCCUCAAAAUAACGUACUUAUUUUUCACAUUGCAUGGCGAGGUCGCAUUUUAGGAGACAUAAUAGAAAGAAUUCGUUAUGAAAGACAUUUAAUAAAACAUGCAAUUCCAAUUUCCGAA